AGAUUUUCUUUUCUAAAAGGCUGCAGUCCCUCCCAAGGAGGGGACUGGCCAGCAGAUCUUCCAGGGAAACAGUUCGGUCAGGUCCUCUGAGUGUGCAUAAGCUCAGUCAGAGACAGGGAAAGCCAGAGGGAGAGGGGGAGAGGGGAUCUGUUGCAGGCAGGGGAAGGCGUGACCUGAAUGGAGAAUGCCAGCCAAUUCCAGAGACACACAGGGACCUCAGAACAAAGAUAAGGCAUCGCUGACACCACACCGGGGACUGGGACGAGCUCACAGACAAGUCCGGCAGAAGGGACCAAAGCCAGGAGCAUACAAGGCAGGAAAAUGAGGCGGCUCCUUCUCUACCAUGCUCUGUGGCUCGCCCUGUCGGAGAUUUCAGCCCAUACUGUGGAGCUAAAUGAAAUGUUUGGCCAGAUCCAGUCGCCUGGCUAUCCAGACUCCUAUCCGAGUGACUCUGAGGUGACUUGGAAUAUCACUGUCCCAGAGGGCUUUCGGAUCAAGCUUUACUUCAUGCACUUCAACUUGGAAUCCUCCUAUCUUUGUGAAUAUGACUAUGUGAAGGUAGAAACUGAAGACCAGGUGCUGGCCACCUUCUGUGGCAGGGAGACCACCGACACAGAGCAGACCCCCGGCCAGGAAGUGGUUCUUUCCCCUGGCUCCUUCAUGUCUGUCACUUUCCGGUCAGAUUUCUCCAAUGAGGAACGAUUCACAGGCUUUGAUGCCCACUACAUGGCUGUCGAUGUGGAUGAGUGCAGAGAGAGGGAAGAUGAAGAGCUGUCUUGUGACCACUAUUGCCACAACUACAUCGGCGGCUACUACUGCUCCUGCCGCUUUGGCUACAUCCUCCACACAGACAACAGGACCUGCCGAGUGGAGUGCAGUGGCAAUCUCUUUACCCAGAGGACAGGUACAAUCACCAGCCCCGAUUACCCCAACCCGUACCCCAAGAGCUCUGAAUGCUCCUACACCAUCGAUCUGGAAGAAGGCUUCAUGAUCAGCCUGCAGUUUGAGGACAUUUUUGACAUUGAAGACCAUCCUGAGGUGCCCUGUCCCUAUGACUACAUUAAGAUUAAAACUGGUCCAAAAGUCUGGGGGCCCUUCUGUGGAGAGAAAGCCCCGGAACCACUCAGCACCCAGAGCCACAGUAUCCAGAUCCUAUUCCGCAGCGACAACUCAGGGGAGAACCGAGGCUGGAGGCUCUCCUACAGGGCAGCAGGAAAUGAGUGCCCAAAGCUACAACCUCCUGCCUAUGGGAAAAUGGAGCCCUUGCAAGCCGUGUAUUCCUUCAAAGACCAAGUGCUCAUCAGUUGUGACACAGGCUACAAAGUGCUCAAGGAUAAUGAGGUAAUGGACACAUUCCAAAUCGAGUGUCUGAAGGACGGUACAUGGAGUAACAAGGUUCCUACCUGUAAAAUUGUAGACUGUGGAGUCCCAGCAGGGCUGAAACACGGGCUGGUGACCUUCUCCACACCAAACAACCUCACUACAUACCAAUCUGAAAUAAGAUACUCCUGCCAGCAGCCCUAUUACAAGAUGCUUCACAAUACCACAGGUGUAUAUAGGUGUUCUGCUCAUGGAGCCUGGACAAAUGAAGUGCUCAAGAGAAGCCUGCCCACCUGCCUUCCAGUGUGCGGGCAGCCCUCCCGCCCCCUGCCAAACCUGGUGAAGCGAAUUAUCGGAGGCCGGAACGCCGAGCUUGGCCUCUUCCCGUGGCAGGCCCUGAUAGUGGUGGAAGACACGUCGAGGGUACCGAACGACAAGUGGUUCGGGAGUGGGGCCCUGCUCUCUGAGUCCUGGAUACUCACGGCAGCCCACGUACUGCGCUCCCAGCGCAGAGACAACACAGUCAUGCCUGUCUCAAAGGAACAUGUCACUGUCUACCUGGGCCUACAUGAUGUGCGGGACAAGUCAGGAGCUGUCAAUAGCUCUGCCGCCCGAGUGGUGCUCCAUCCAGACUUUAACAUCCAGAAUUACAAUAAUGACAUCGCGCUGGUGCAGUUGCAGGAGCCUGUGCCCUUGGGGGCCCAUGUCAUGCCCAUCUGUCUACCGAGACCUGAGCCUCAAGGUCCAGGUCCCCACAUGUUGGGACUGGUGGCUGGCUGGGGCAUCUCCAAUCCCAAUAUGACAGUGGAUGAGAUCAUCAUCAGUGGCACACGCACGUUGUCAGAUGUCCUACAGUAUGUCAAAUUACCAGUGGUGUCACAUGCUGAAUGCAAAGCCAGCUACGAGUCUCGUUCAGGCAACUACAGUGUCACAGAGAACAUGUUCUGUGCUGGCUACUAUGAGGGUGGCAAGGAUACAUGCCUUGGGGACAGUGGCGGGGCCUUCAUCACCUUCGAUGAGUUGAGCCAGCACUGGGUAGCCCAAGGCCUGGUGUCCUGGGGAGGACCCGAAGAAUGUGGCAGCAAACAAGUCUAUGGAGUCUACACAAAGGUCUCCAACUAUGUGGACUGGGUAUGGGAGGAGAUGAACACCCCGAGGGGUGUCAGGGAGCUCCAGGUGGACCGGUGAAUGCUUGGCCUUCCUUGGGGCCUGCCUACCCUGCCCCAGCUCAAGCGAGGCUACACUACACACUGCCAACAGCGUACUCCAUGUUACUUAGCAGACCAAAUAAACUACAGCACACUGGCCUAGCUGG